ACCUUGCACAAGAACGGCUGGUCCAACGUGCGCAGCUUCUGUCAAGAUGUUCUGCCAAUUUGGAACCUCACUCCGAAGAAGAAGACAGGAGUGCAAAGGGACGUGGAAUCCAUUCCACUCGAACCCUUGCUUUGUCCUUGGCAAUCCGAAGCGUUGGUUUCCUUGGCAGGCGGGGCCCGCAACCAAGGGCAGGAACUUCAGCUCUACUUUGCAAACUUGGUGACGCAAGGCGUGGUCACUGCGCCAAAGGUGACGUUUCUCGUUCAGAGCUUGCAGACAGCAGCUGCGAACUCCCCUUCCACUUUCGUGGGUGUCAUUCUGUUGCCUAACAGGGCGGCCGACCUUAGAGAUCGGAAGGAAGAGUCCAAGGCAGAGAUUGACCCAGCAGACAUCGAUGUCUCCAUGUUCAGAGAGGCUGAAGACCUUUUGGACGAUGAGGACGACGACCAGAAGGAUGGCUCUGGCGAGUCGACUGCGCAGCUCAGGGAUUUCAAGUAUUCCCUCCUAGUCAUGCUCCAGGACCCGGUCAGGCAGCUGCAGGUGAAGACCAUGAAUGUGAUCUUCAAUGAGCAGUCUGUCUACGGACAGCGCGCUGGCUCGCACGAGUGCUGGCUUGUCACCAGCACAGGCUGUGGGUCUGCGUUCGCCAAGGUGACCUUGUUUCGCCGCCUCUUGAUCGACAAGGUUGAGAUGUUGGCCCGCAACGACAUGGUGAAGGUGGAUGUGGGUAAGAGAUCUGCAGCCAGCUCGGAUAGGCUCACGCCCUGCCAGGAGCUUCGGCAGCACCUGGGAGGGACAAGCGUGGUGACCCGCAUCCUGGAGUGCUUGAAUGCCUGGGACAAGCGCACCGUGCUGGUAGAUCUCUUUGGCCAUGACGGAUGGCCCGGCCUGUCCGUCUUAGAGGCAUUGGGCAACCGGCAGUCCAUCGCUUGCGCAACGGUGUGUCACAGCGACACGGAAUAUCGCUUCGUGAAGGACGUCAUCCUUCACUCCGUGUUCUCAAGGGCCAAGGCGAAGCAGAUGUCGGUUCCAGGUUUUCCUGAUUUCGCUGCUGCCAUCGAGGACAUGGCAAAGACUCAGUCAAAGCCCCUCAAAGAUUCCUCGUACCAGUACUCAGUCACAGUGCCAUUGGCGGGUGAGUUGAUCAUCUUACAAAGCCUUCAAGACAAGUUUGCCGACUCGAGCUUUGCCCAGAGCUUCAGACAGGUUCUGGGGGACCACGACAAGGAGUUCAACCGCAACCACCGCAAGGCUUCUACGAACACCGAGGAGGUCGAUGCCAACAAGGAAGCCAAGACUCACAAGCGUGUCAAGCUAGAGACAGAGUACGAGACCAUGGAGAGCUUCCGUGACAAGCACAAGGGGAACAUG